AGAGUCAGCUAGAUGUCAGGCUUCUAAUGGCGGCUCUCUUUCAGUGGUUGCUGAAUUAAUAAAAAUCAGACUUUGGCAUUUUUGUUAUUUUAUUGUCAGUAAUGCGCCAUGGUCUGCAAAGAAGAAGUCUGUUCUUGGUUUAUAGAACUAAAUGGCUCAAAACGAAUAGAUUUGAUAUGCGGGUUACUUAACAUGUGCUUACCGCUGGAGUUGAGAUUUUUUGGAACAUGUCUGGAAGAACUGGGAAAGAAGGACUUUUACCAUUUCAGGGAUGUGGAGCAAAAAGCUAACAACGAGAAAGAUUUAAAAGAUCUGAGCGUUCAUAAUAUAAGAGACAAUGUAACGAGAAGCAAGUUAAUUGUUUAUUUAGCACUGCUGAAUUCAUCUAAUCCUGCUUGUGCUAACACUUUCUACCAGAUACUGACAAGUUUCAAUCGAGAAACGGAUAAACAUGAGUUGUCAAAUGGAGAGGUUGCUAGUGAGAUUAUUCUAUUACUUACAAUGGCUGUUCAUCAUCCUGCCUUUACAUUUGAGCAGAAAUCUGCUCUUGCUGAACAACUUGUCUGGGUAGAAAAAAUGGUUGGAAGUGAAAUAAAUGAGUGUCAUUCAGCAAAGAAGUUAUCUGCAAACUCUUUAUCAAGUGCAAUUUCUUCAGUUUAUAAUUCAAAUACAUCUGCUCAUACAUCACUACCUUUGUCAGCUGUACCCCACUUGUUGCCUGCUGAAUCUAUUUCAUUGCCUAAGAGCAUCACUAGUGCUGUAACAAGUACGUGCCCUUUGGUGUGUCCAGCAAGAUGUAAACCAGAUCACUGUCCAAGAGGUAAGUAUCACCUCUUGUUUUGCCUUGCCCAUUUGGCAUCUAAGACUUGCAAGUAUACAUCCAGACAAUUCCAAACUCAUUUUUUCAGCAAAUUGUUUAAAAAAAAGCAUGGUAGGUUUUAAUAAAACAUUAACAUA